UUAAACUUAAAAAUGGCGUCGAAGUCUGCCAGUUUGAGAAAAUCUCAAGUGCCACUUUCCUGUCAUUUUUGUAAUGAAGAAACAAUCCAAUGGAAAUGUGAAGAAUGUGAUGUAUUCAUGUGUACGUCGUGUAAGGAGAAAAUUCAUCAGCGACUAAAAUCUGCUCAGGAUCAUGAAAUCGUCUCUGUUUCCGAUAUUUGUAAGGACGCUCCUUUUCGGAGGGAGGUUGCGUCGGAGGUAUCGGAUACACCAAUGAACAGCAAUCGAGCAACAAACGAAUCUACUGGUCAUCCUAGUCUUGAACCGUUGACAAUUGUCUCUGCAAUAUUUGUAGCUGUGAAAUCAUCUGAACAAGUUCUAUCAAUGAUUUGCUAGCAAUAACAAAAUUCACUAAGGACAAAAACCUAAUAACGAUAGACAUAGACAAGAUUUCGUAAUUUGGACAGAAAUAGAAGAGAUACCUGACUUUGGACAUUCACCUGGACAGGUGGCAGUGUUAAACAGUUUCAGUGGGGUCAUUCAACUAUUCCCAUUCUAUCUUGAUUAGCGGAAUAAAGAAAAAUACAUAACUACAUACCGAAAUCCUAUAUAUGUUCUACUAAAUUCCUUUGUAAAGAGAUUUACACACCCAGGGGAGUUUAUCAGUAGUGGAUUCUUCAAAAUUUAAAAAAAAAUACGAAAAGACGAUGACGUAAACAAAUUCAGGUUACCAUGAGGCCUUAGUAUUGAGAUAAACCCAUACCGCAUAGGAAGAUAUUGAAGGCGAAUGGAUAGCAAAAAUUGAAACAGUUCAACAGAAAAACUAACUGCCUGAUAUGAGUUGAUAUCUAAAGAAAAACACUUAAAGCAGACAUCAACUAACGACUUCUAGUAGACAAAAGCCAGACUUGAGACAAAUGCGUGUUUUCUGUAUUAACUACAUUUGUAUUUGUUUUGAAGUCAAUAACAAAAACAAAUGGACCACAACAAAAAAUGAGAAUGGAAAUGGGGAAUAUGUCAAAGAGACAACAACCCGACCAAAGAGCAGAUAACACAACUGUUCACAUAUAACUGAUGAAGCUUCAAACACCUCAACUGAUUUAUCGAAAAAAAAACUUUUUUUAAUACAUUAAACACAAAUAUCAGUUUUAUUUCAGUUUCCUAAAUGCAUUUUACCAGGGCUUUUUCCCUGAAAUUUAUUGUGAACAACAGCUUGUUUACUAUAUGAUGGUAUACCCGUUUGUUGCAAGGGGAAAUCGAAAACCAUCCUAGAUAAAUCUGCAGAUUUGACCUUUAUUACUAUGAGGUACAUCAUCAGUAAACAUAUAGAACGUGACUUAACUGAACAACACUAGUUUCUGGUCAAUAAGUGACAGUAAAAAUGAGUCACUGGUGGAACAGGAACUCCUUACCCUUUCGUAACACCUGAAUUCAUCCUCGUUUUAGAGGGAUCGUGUUAUCCAAUCUUUAGGUUUCUGUGUAGUGUUUUGUGGACCUAUUAAUCUGUUUAUCGUUGUUCUUGUGGCCAGGAUAUCGUCUUUGGUGUCGGCUUAUGGUUUUGAAUUGCCCUCUUAGUGUCCUUUAUUUAUAAAAUAGACUGACGAAAACAAAUGGAUGCAGGAAAAUAAUACAAUAACUUUUCUGCUGUCACACAAAACUUUUUUUUAAUUGUUAAACAUUCAACAUUCACUUUGAAUGUGACUAAAACAAUUUUAGUAAUAUUGUUUACCGGAUAAACACACUUUUGACGAUUUUCCUCUCUACAGCUUUAUCAUAUUGUUUCGGUCUGACUAAUUUUAAAGCGUGAAUCAUCUAAACAAAUAGGAAAUAAAAGAUAUGAUCAUCCAUUUUGAUAAAUCUCAAAUAUAAAACUUUUUGUUAACAUGGAAAAAGCUCUGAAAAUUCAAAUUCUUUGUCAAUUUUGUGAUGGACAAGCAAUUCAAUGGAAAUGUGAUGUGUGUGAAAAGUUUAUGUGUUUACCUUGUAAAGAAACGGUCCAUGAAAAACUGAAAGCUUCACAGCAUCAUGGAAUUGCCACUGUUGUCGAUAUUGUGAAAGACAAUCUUGAUAUUGUGAAGGACAAUCCAAGCGAGGUUGCAUCGGAGGUCAUUUCUUCAGUUUUCAAUUCAUACACAACUGCAAUACCGGUCAUCAAUUCCUUAGUUUGUUCUGAUGACGGCUGUGUUUAUUUUAUCCAUCAAAAGAUAGAGGAGAAAAGCAUUCUAGUGAAGGGGGAGCUAAAGGAAUCAUCCAUUAAAAUAUUACUGUCAUUAAAGAAACGAAUAUUCGACACUACAAUAAAUAAAGAAGGCGAAAUACUGUUCAAUGAGAUGGUUGACAAUAACAGUAUAUGUAUGUUGUCUCAUACAGGGGAGAUACCUACCGUAAUCGAUACCUCACCAAUGAGACCCUUGUCUUUGCACGUUAACAAGGACAAUGAAUUGAUAGUUGGAAUAAAAGAACAAGGACCAAUCUUUCCAGUACAAAACGAUUCAGUCAGACAAGUCGUCAUUUUCAGUAGAGACAAUAAGAAAAAAGUGACAUUGGAAACCGACACAAAAGGAAAAAAACUGUUCAGUUAUCCUGCUCGUAUCGAAACAGAUUCUAAAAAUGUAUUGUACGUAGCGGAUUGGAUGGACACCGAUUUAAGUGGAAGAAUAGUGGCCGUUGACACGAAUGGUUGUAUGAAGUUUGCGUACGAAGGUAAUCCAGAUUUACAACCAUUCUUUCCACAUGGUAUGGCCAUUACACCAAGUGAUAAUAUUAUACUUUCGGACCAAAGUAACAAUGCAUUACACGUUUUGAAUCCCACAGGAGAACUCCUCGGACUACAUUUUAUAGAUAGCAUAAUAAACAUUAAAGCACCUUUAUCGCUGUGUAUAGACCAUGAAGGACAUUUGCUAAUUGGAAGCGGUAAGUUGGACGACAGUGUCGAAAAAAUUCAUUUAAACCGGACAAGUGUAAAUUCAGUGGUCGAUUUAUCGCAAUCCGCCUAUACUGACAUCUCUACAAAUGAUAUUAAUGCCAAUGCAUUGUAGUUUACAGAUAUCCCUUACAAAAACAAAGCUUGUAAAAAAUAUCCACUAUAUGAAGCGCAAUUGAUCAUGCGUCAAGAUCCUUUUCAUCUUGGAUGUCCUUUAAAUACAAAUUCGAUAUAGGUUCUUAUUAUUUUGAUGGACUAUUUGUGUUCCCGAAAAUUGUAUAAUAACAAACUAUAAUUAUAAAGAUAGACAGACAGAAUGAAUUUGUAUACAAAAUAUGGUAUGAUAAAUUCUAACCUUUUUUUUAUUUUUGAUAAAAGGAUUAUCUGGAAUA